UAUUCAGCCCUGCUGAGUAGGUAAAAGUCCAACAUUCAGACAUAAGAUGAGGAGGUGAAACUGUGCUUUACUUUCUGAAUGAAGGCUGCAGAAUGGAAUUAUGGGACAUGUAGUUGGAAUUUUAAUUCUGGACUUCAACUAGCCUUGGAUGGACACAGUCACUACCUUUUCAGUGUUUGCAGAGGAGAGACUUUCUUCCUGGUUUGACCUGUUAUUUUUUCCCUCGGAGGAGCUUAAAUUAUUCUGAGUUUAAAGCAACAUGUCGGAUAAGACGGCGCCGCGCUGCCAGCUGAGGCUGGAGUGGAUCCACGGGUACAGAGGUCACCAAUGCCGUAACAACCUGUACUACACCGCCGGGAAAGAGGUGGUGUACUUUGUGGCCGGGGUGGGCGUGGUCUACAACACCAGGGAACACACCCAGAAGUUCUACCUGGGACACAACGAUGACAUCAUCAGUCUGGCGAUGCAUCCCGAUAAGAUCCAGGUGGCGACGGGUCAGGUGGGAAAGGACCCCUACAUCUGUAUUUGGGACACGUACGCCAUGCAGACCGUCUCCAUCCUGAGGGAUGUCCACACUCACGGAGUCGCCUGCUUGGCCUUUGACUCUGACGGACAGCGCCUGGCGUCUGUCGGUCUGGAUGCCAAGAACACGCUGUGUGUUUGGGAUUGGAGGAGAGGACGAGUCCUCGCCACGGCGACCGGACACUCUGAUCGGAUCUUUGACGUGGCCUGGGAUCCGUUCACGUCCAACCGUCUGGUCAGCUGUGGCGUCAAACACAUCAAGUUCUGGGCGCUGUGUGGAAACGCUCUGACCCCUAAGAGAGGGAUUUUUGGGAAGACUGGCGACCUGCAGACCAUCCUGUGUGUCUCUGCAGCCAAAGAGGAGCUGACAUACUCCGGCGCUCUGAACGGAGACGUUUACGUGUGGAAGGGGAUCACUUUGAUCAGGACGGUGCAGGCUGCACACGGGGCAGGGAUCUUUAGCAUGCAUGCCUGUGAGGAAGGAUUCGCCACUGGAGGACGAGAUGGCUGCAUCCGCCUGUGGGACGUUGACUUCAAACCUAUCACCAAGAUUGACCUGAGGGAGGCAGAGCAAGGAUACAAAGGUCUGUCAAUUCGCAGCGUGUGCUGGAAAGCAGACCGGAUCCUGGCUGGGACACAAGACAGCGAGAUCUUUGAGGUCAUGGUCCGAGACCGGGACAAACCGGUGCUUCUGAUGCAGGGUCACAGCGAGGGCGAGCUGUGGGCACUUGACCUGCACCCCAAACAGCCGGUGGCUGUAACUGGGAGCGACGACCGCUCCGUCAGGCUGUGGAGUCUCCCAGAUCACACGCUGCUGGCUCGCUGUAACAUGGAGGAGUCGGUCCGCAGCGUUUCCUUCAAUAACGAUGGCUCUCAGCUCGCUCUGGGGAUGAAGGAUGGCUCAUUCACAGUGCUGAGAGUCAGGGACAUGACGGAGGUCGUGCACAUCAAGGACAGGAAGGAAGUGAUCCAUGAGCUGAAGUUCUCACCAGACGGUUCCUUCCUGGCAGUGGGGUCAAACGAUGGCCUAGUGGAUAUCUACGCCGUUGCCCAGCGCUACAAGAAGGUGGGCGAGUGUAGCCGCUCCGCCUCCUUCAUCACCCACCUGGACUGGUCUGUGGACAGCCGCUUCCUGCAGACCAACGAUGGCGCCGGAGAGCGGCUCUUCUACAGGAUGCCAGCAGGGAAGCUGGUCCCCAAAGAAGAAGCGAAGGGGAUCCACUGGAUGACCUGGACGGGUGUGGUUGGGCCGGAGGUGAAUGGCCUCUGGCCAAAAUACUCCAACAUCACCAACGUCAACUCUGUGGACGCCAACUACAGCAGCGCUGUGGUGGUGACCGGAGAUGACCUUGGAUUGGUCAAACUCUUCAGGUUCCCCUGUUUGAAGAAAGGAGCCAAAUUCAAGAAGUACAUUGGUCACUCAGCCCAUGUGACAAACGUUCGCUGGUCAAACGACCUGCAGUGGGUCAUCAGCACUGGUGGGGCCGACCACGCCGUCUUCCAGUGGAGGUUCCUGCCUGAGGGCGUCAUGAACGGUGUCCUGGAGCCACUCCUCCAAGAGGGUUACGCCGACUCCAACAGCGGAGAAUCAGACUCGGAUGUUUCAGACGUCCCAGAGCUCGACUCAGACAUCGAACAGGAAGCUCAGACCAGCUACGAGCGUCAGGUGUAUAAGGAAGAUCUACCUCAGCUAAGGAAGAAGCUGAUUGGUUCCCUGAAGAGGCAGAAAGCUCCAGAGGAGGGGCUCCGUCUGCAGUUUGUCCAUGGUUAUCGGGGUUUCGACUGCCGUAACAACCUGUUCUACAGUCAGACGGGUGAGGUCGUCUAUCACGUAGCCGCCGUCGCCGUCGUCUACAACCGUCUGCAGCACAGUCAGAGGUUUUACGUCGGCCACGACGACGACAUCCUCAGUCUCACCGUCCAUCCGCUCAAAGACUACGUGGCCUCCGCUCAGGUGGGCAGAGACCCAGCCGUUCAUGUGUGGGACAUCCAGACGCUGAAGUGUUUGUCUCUGCUCAAAGGACACCACAGCCGAGGAGUGUGUGCGCUGGAGUUUACAGCGGAUGGGAAGAGUUUGGUCUCGGUGGGCAUCGAUGAGUUUCACUCGAUUGUUAUUUGGGACUGGAAGAAAGGAGAGCGCCUAGCCAAGGCCAGGGGGCAUAAAGAUAAGAUCUUUGUGGUGAGGAGUAACCCGUUCAGGAUGGACAAACUGGUGACAGUCGGCAUGAAGCACAUCAAAUUCUGGCAGCAUUCAGGGGGCGGUCUCACCUUUAAGCGGGGGAUUUUUGGUAACCUGGGGAAGCAGGAGACGAUGAUGUCGGCGUGUUAUGGUCGAUCAGAGGACCUGGUUUUCUCCGGGGCGACAAACGGAGACGUUUACAUCUGGAGGGACACGACGCUCAUCAAGACCGUCAAAGCACACGACGGACCCGUGUUCGCCAUGUGCUCACUCGACAAGGGCUUUGUGACGGGGGGGAAGGACGGCAUCGUGGAGCUGUGGGACGACAUGUUUGAGAGAUGUUUGAAGACGUACGCCAUCAAGAGAGCGGCUCUGUCUCCUUCAUCCAAAGGUCUGCUGCUGGAGGACAACCCUUCCAUCAGAGCCAUCACUCUGGGUCACGGUCACAUCCUGCUGGGGACCAAGAACGGAGAAAUCCUGGAGAUCGACAAGAGUGGACCCAUGACACUACUGGUUCAGGGUCACAUGGAGGGUGAGGUCUGGGGUUUGGCGGCUCAUCCUCUACUUCCUGUCUGUGCAACUGUCAGCGAUGACAAAACUCUGAGGAUCUGGGAACUCUCCAACAACCACCGCAUGGUCGCUGUCCGAAAACUGAAGAAGGGUGGGCGGUGCUGCGCCUUCUCUCCAGACGGUAAAGCUCUGGCGGUCGGUCUGAACGACGGCAGCUUCCUGGUGGUGAACGCCGACACACUGGAGGACAUGGUGACCUUCCACCACCGCAGGGAGCUCAUCUCUGACAUCCGCUUCUCCCAAGAUGCGGGGAAGUACCUGGCUGUGGCGUCACAUGACUCCUUCGUGGACAUCUACAACGUCCUGACCAGUAAGAGGGUCGGGAUCUGUAAAGGAGCCGGCAGCUACGUCACGCACAUCGACUGGGACUCCAGAGGUAAGCUGCUCCAGGUGAAUACGGGUGCCAAAGAGCAGCUGUUCUUCGAAGCGCCGCGAGGGCGAAAACAGAACAUCACCGUGGCCGAGUUCGAGAAGUUGGAGUGGGCCAGCUGGACGUCGGUUCUGGGACCGGCCUGCGAGGGAAUCUGGCCGGCCCUCAGCUUCGUUAACUGUGCCUCCCUCAGCAAAGAUCGUAAACUGCUCGCCACUGGAGACGACUUCGGCUUCCUCAAACUGUUCAGCUUCCCAUCCAGGGGACAGUUCGCCAAGUUUAAGAAAUACGUGGGUCACAGCACCAACGUCACCAACGUCCGCUGGUCCAAUGACGACUCUCUUCUGCUGUCGGUGGGCGGGGCCGACACAGCGUUGAUGAUCUGGAGCAGAGAGCCACCGGGCCACAAAGAGAGCAAAGCUGUGGACAGCGAGGAAUCAGACGAUGACACAGAAGAGGACGGAGGAUACGACAGUGACGUGGCGCGGGAGAAGGCGGUGGACUACAUCACAAAGAUUUACUCGACUGGUAUCAGGAACAUGACGGGAACCAGACCUCACCUGCAGCACAAGGAGCUUCCUGUGGACGAGAGGCCUCCAGUGAGUCGAGCUGCUCCGCUCCCUGACAAGCUGCUGAAAAAUAACGUGACCAAGAAGAAGAAGGUGGUGGAGGAGCUGGUGUUGGAGCACGUCUUCGGCUACAGAGGCUUCGACUGUCGGAACAACCUUCAUUACCUCAACGACGGCAAUGACAUCAUCUUCCACACCGCCGCUGCUGUCAUCAUCCAGAACCUGUCGGCUGGAACUCAGAGUUUUUACCUGGAGCACACAGACGACAUCCUGUGUCUAACCGUCAACCAACACCCCAAAUACCAGAACAUCAUCGCCACGGGGCAGAUCGGUGACAUCAGCGACCUGCCAGGCCUCGCUCCAUCCAUUCACGUGUGGGACGCCAUGACCAAGCAGACGCUGUCCAUCCUCCGCUGCUCUCACGCCAAAGGUGUCGGCUACGUCAACUUCAGCGCUACUGGGAAGCUGCUGCUGUCGGUGGGGGUGGAGCCUGAGCACACCAUCACGGUGUGGAGGUGGCAGGAAGGCACUAAGGUGACAAGUAAAGGAGGCCAUGCCGAGCGGAUCCUGGUGGUGGAGUUCAGACCAGACUCUGAUACUCAGUUUGUGUCUGUGGGCAUCAAACACAUCAAGUUCUGGACUCUGGUGGGAGGUUCACUCGUGUACAAGAAAGGAGUGAUCGGCUCGGUGGAGGACGGACGGAUGCAGACCAUGCUGUCUGUCGCCUUUGGUGCUAACAAUCUGACGUUCACUGGUGCUAUCAACGGAGACGUGUAUGUGUGGAGGGAACACUUCCUGAUUCGUGUGGUGGCGAAGGCCCACAGUGGUCCAGUCUUCACCAUGUACACAACGCUGAGGGACGGGCUCAUCGUCACUGGGGGAAAAGAACGACCGACCAAGGAGGGUGGAGCUGUGAAGCUUUGGGACCAGGAGAUGAAGCGCUGCAGGGCGUUUCAGCUGGAGACCGGUCAGCCAGUGGAGAACGUCCGCUCCGUCUGCAGAGGGAAGGGUAAAAUCCUGGUUGGAACCAAAGACGGAGAGAUCAUCGAAGUCGGAGAAAAGAACGCUGCAUCCAACACCAUGAUCAAUGGGCACACUCAGGGCGGGAUCUGGGGUUUGGCAACUCACCCCUUCAAAGACGUCUUUAUCUCGGCCAGCGACGAUGGGACGAUCCGGAUCUGGGACCUGGCUGAUAAGAAACUUCUAAACAAGGUGAGUCUGGGCCAUCCUGCUAAGUGCACCUCCUACAGUCCAAAUGGAGAGAUGGUUUCUAUUGGGAUGGAGAAUGGGGAGUUCAUCAUCCUGCUGGUCAACUCGCUCACCGUGUGGGGCAAGAAGAGAGACCGCAGCGUGGCCAUCCAGGACGUCAGGUUCAGCCCUGAUAACAGAUUCUUAGCGGUCGGUUCAGUGGAGAGCGCCGUAGAUUUCUAUGACCUUUCUCUGGGGCCAUCUUUGAACAGGAUUGGUUACUGUAAAGACAUCCCGGGAUUCGUCAUCCAGAUCGACUUCUCUGCCGACAGCAAAUACAUCCAGGUGUCCACGAGCACAUACACUCGACAGGUGCAUGAAGUCCCGUCUGGUAAAAUGGUCACAGAGCAGGCCGUGUUUGAGAGGAUCACCUGGGCUACCUGGACCAGCAUCCUCGGCGAUGAGGUUCUCGGCGUCUGGCCUCGUAACGCUGAGAAGGCCGACGUGAACUGUGCUUGUGUUUCACACGCCGGUCUGAACCUGGCCACCGGAGACGACUUCGGCCUCAUCAAACUCUUCGACUUCCCGUGUUCAGAAAAAUUUGCCAAACACAAACGGUACUUCGGGCACUCGGCUCAUGUGACCAACAUCCGCUUCUCCUGUGACGACAAAUACGUCAUCAGUGCCGGAGGCAGCGACUGCAGUUUAUUUGUGUGGAAAUGUCAGUGAGAUCUACAGAAACCUGCACAGUCCACCUGGAUCCUCCUCGUCUUCCUCCUCUUCCCCCUCCUGUGAUGCUGCACUCCUCCUCUGAGCCUCGGUCCCGUCCCCCCGACCGUCAGAAAAAGAACAAACUGAGCUGAUGAACUCGGACCUGUGACCUGAACCUGCUGCAGGAAGCUCCACCCCCUGUCAGCUGAGUCGGCGCUGCAGGUUCAGUCUCUUCCUGUCGUGGUCGUUCUUAUCGUUCGAUCAGAAGUGAAACUGAAGUUUGUUUUUGAACUCUCCUUAAAGAACGUGUAGCUGUUCUCAUGUAGCGUCGUCUCUGUCCGUCAGUACGUGCCUUUUUCACUGACUCUGACCAAACAUUUGAUACGACUUUAUUUCUACUGUGGUGCUAUGAAACGUGAUCAUUUAGGGCUUUUACUGAUAGAGUACUGUCCUUUAGCUUUUGUAUCUCGUACUGUCUCUUAAUGAUGAUGCACUCAAUACUUCUGCUCAUUUCCUCCUGAGCUACCGGCUCAGCUCGGCUUCACUCUGCUCCUCUUUAGGGCCAGACUCUUCUGGUAGCUCCUAUUGACCUCUGACCUCAGAUACUCAGAGAAUCCAGUCUGAAUGCCCUCUGAAGUUAGAACGGUUUAUACUUCAGUGGUUCCUCCUCAUUGCAGCGGAGUGGAAAACCGUAGUGAAGUCUAACACGACAACAGUGGAGGACACAGAGGUGAUAGAGUCAGAGACGGUUGGAGGCAUCCAUCAUUCUUCCCUUUAGGGACUGCAGCCAAUCAGCAGCUGUCAUUGGGCAAGAGACGGGGUCAAACCCUGGACUGGUCACCAGCCAAUCACAGGUCAGGUAUGGGAGCAUAUACUAGUUCAUGUGGCCCAACUUCCCUGGUGCUAAGCACCCAGUAUCAGUGAGCUGGAUCAGAUCCGUUCCGUAGAGGCUCAGCUGCCGAUCAGCUGACCCUCUCCUGAGCAUGUCAGCAUUAGACACACAGUCUAAAGACAAUACCUAGAGAUGCACCGAAGAGAAGUUGUCAAAGGGGGCCAUCUCUGGCCAUCAGUCAGGAGGACCAAGGACCCAAAGACUCUGACUUUGGUCUGCUCCCCGCCUUGCCCAGGGAAUCCAUCGCCCAGUGCAUGAGUCUGCGUUUGAUCUCAGCCUCAGCGGAUCUCCGCACAGACUUGAUGGCAGCACCCAAGGAAUCCCCAAGCACCUGGCUCUUUGUUUUGGUCCAAGAGACGUGCAUUCCCAACGCCUCAGCCUCCGCGCUCAUCAGACCGCCCACGAGGACAGGGAUCACAGCAUCAUCAGUAUCUGGACACUGGAAUUGCUAGUCCAUGGUUCUCUGCCCCUGUUACCUGCCCCAGACCAUACUGGUACUGAGGAGCAUAGGGGCUAAGACCCACCCCAGAAUCAGACAGCCAAUCAGACUCACACCUACGGGCAAUUUAGAGUCACUAAUGAGCCUAACGAGCAUGUCUUUGAACUAGUGCUGCAUGAUUUAAUUAAAGAAGCUAAAAGUAUUUCCUGUUUUCAAAAUAAAGGUACUCCUACACACGUCCAUAGUGGCACUACUGCAUUUUAGUAAAACCCUGCAGUUCUACUGAAUACUGAAAUAACUACAGCCUCUGUGAGUAGAUCACUGCUGCAGCUCUAGUUUGAGGAGGCUGGAGUUCCUGGAAAGAACUUGGGCAUGGAGAGAAUGGGAAAACCCCACAGAAAGACCCUGACAGACUGGGACUUGAACCAGGAACUGUCUAGCUGUGAGGUGGCAGUGCUAACCACUGCUCCACCAUGCAGCACCAGUUUGAAGCCAAUCAAAUUCUACUGAAAAGAACAGGAGAGUUUGGGAUGAAGACGACCAUCAGAGGGGUUUUAUUCCUGCGUGGGACAUCCUGCUGGUGACGACGCUCUCUGACCAAUCAGGGGCCAGCUUUGUCUUGAUGUCAUACAUUUAGCACCAGCUCAACCUUGCUGCAGGUGAUACCAAAACCAGAACCACUGCCAGGUGGUUCUAAACCUCUAAAGCUUCCAGCGCUGGACAGUGAGAGUAGAGCAGAAAGGCUGGGACGGUCUUCUGAUCAGGGUGGACCAUGAAGCCCGAUGACCUCAGCAGGCUAAACAUUCAUGCAAAGUUUUUAGUAAACCCCUGCAACCGUCUAAAGAUAAUCCUGUACAUAAGACCGGCCUGGGACACAGAAGUCCAGGGAGAGUGGAGCUGAGUGGAACCAGUUUCACAGUGAGGAAAAGCACCGAUACUGAAGUGUUAAAAAGGAAAGAUGGAUCCGUGUCGAUCCCAGCUGUUAAAAAUGAAACUAGAUAUUAAAUAGUUUAUUAAGAAAAAUUAAAGAACUCUACCUCAAAAUACAGAGAAAUCUAACUAAAUGAUAUUUAAGGUAGAACAUAGGUGUUAAAUAGGAUAAGUCUGAUAUGUCAGGAUAUGUCAGAGCACAUGUGAUGUUUUUAGUUUCUGUAGGAAGAAAACUUGAACUUUGAUUUUUAAACAUUUCAUCAGGAUUUAAAGGGAAACAAACCGGUUCUUAAAGGAACCGCAGAGAAAUGAAACAGAGCUGUUUAUACGCCCAAAAAUAUCAGUUUUUUUUUUUUAUUUUACCGCGUUUAGGUUCAGGUUUCAGUUUCUCUGAGGAAUAUUAAAUAAAACAUCACAGAGGCUACUGAAGUUAGUCACCUGUUUGUCCUGUUUUUACCUCAAAGAUCAGAACGUUGAUUUAGCCGGUCACAGACACGUCAAAGUGACGGUUGCCGGGUAGAAAUCAUCCUGUGGGAUAACCUUCGCUGACAAUCUGAGAGCUCCUCCUAAAGAUGCUCCGAACAGCGUCUGUAUCUGCUGGAGGGAAUCAGCUAUGAUUAAUCUGUUUUAAUGAUUAUGAGAAUAAACAAUAGCACAAGAUUACUGAUGCAACAACCAACGUGUCCUCUUUGUUCGUGUUUUAGCUCACCUGUUUCUGCAGGUUUCAGGUGUGCAUGAAAUAACGCAGACUCUUUCUGAUGUACCCCCACUGUUAACAUGAUCACAUACCGGUCUCACAGGUAGGAUGUGGUCAAAGAAAGGGGUGUGGCUCCAUCUUUGAUACCCAUCAUCAGGCUGUCCUCCUCUUUGUUUAAGUCGCUUGUUUUUCUUACCUGAAAGUCGCCACUACAUUUUCCGGCUGUUCUGACAGCGUAUGAUGUUUUGAUCUAGCCUCGCUGACCCUGCUGCCAUCACUUCAGGCCCCAACAAGGGCCACAGGCCCCACUUAAGGAAUCACCGUAAUAAUGGUGUAAUGAUAUCAGUCCUUUUUUGUCAGUUUGGACUCAGGAGAUGGAAGGAUAUUGUGUUGCUUUGGAAAUAGAAAGUUGGCGUUGUCGGCAGGAUGAAGGAAGAUGUUGAAGGCCCUGAAUCUAACAAUGCAAGGUCUGAACCAGUGGUUCCCAACUGGCUGGGCAUCAGGACCCGUGUCCACCAGCUUGAGAGAAAUCACAACCCGGAUCUAUAAAACAUUCAACCACUCAGAUUUAUUUAAGAAGUUUUGGACCCUCAAUUAAAACAACAAAAACAUUGAACAAAGAGACAAAGACACAUCAUCUUCUACAUCUUAUUUUCUCAGCACAGAAAUGUGGUAACUUCUUCAGGAAUUUCCUUGUUAACUUUGGAAAAUCAGCCAAAGAAAAGACAAGUCAGCAGAGAGCUCGACAAAAAUAAUGAAACAUAUUCCUAAUCAUGGGAUAAGCUCAAAAAUAUAUGGAUGAAUUUACCUUAUGUCCACUCAGGGCUUCUGUAUGUAGAAUUUCUGGCUCUCAUUCACGAACCGCUGAGAUACGCUUCACGGCCCACUUUUGGUCCCGACCCACCAGUUGAGAACCACUGGUCUAAAUGAUGAGCUGUCGUUCAAUCAGUCAUCAGAACAAUCACAGGUAACAGUCCAGGCCUAAUGAGACGAUUCUGGAGCACACUGAUGAUCAAGCCGAGGGCCGAAAUGUCUGCGAGCUCUCUGCUGCAGCAGGCCAUGACCCGCCCCUCAGGGUCCGGCUCCCGCGGUCUUUAGAUUUAUCGCUGUGACACAGACGUCAAAUAUGAAAUCAGGAGGUCGUUCAAACAGAGGAGUGUCAUGAAACUCCUGAAGCGAUUUGUCUCUUUCUCGACUCAUUUUGCUGAGAUCAUACGGAGAUCCUCGUGUGUUAGCCUAGCUUAGCACAAAGACUGGAAUCCUAUGGGAACUGAUAGCAUUUGAUGCUUCCUUCCAUUGUCGCCCGGUUUGUUUUUUUAUUCCUCAUGUUGGUGCUUUUUUAUGUGUCAUGAGAGUAAUCAGAUCUCCGUCCUCCUGCUGCUGUUUCUAAACGACUCUGUCUGAGAUUUUUGGGUCUUAAAAAACCUGGUUCAGUUUUUCUGUUCAUUUUUUCAUCAAAUAAAGUUUACAGUGUUUAAAGGAAAUCUAAAUGUGAUGAGAAUAUAAAGAUCAUUGUUUUUCAAUAAAAAUGAGAG